GGGAGCCCGUUGGGAUGUUGUGGCCAACAAGCGUCUCACAAAGCUUUGUCUCUCGCCUUUGCUCUUACACCAUACAACGUACUAUUCGUGGGGGAGGAGGUUGGAUGCUGAAACAUACUGAUGUGUGUACAGAAUACAAGCACCCCGUUACUGUGUUUCUUGAUUACAGUAUCAAGUACCGCAGUUCAGUUUCAGUGUCCGACAAGUGUCUCUCAAUCUCCCUCCGGACAACUUAAGACAAUCACAUUACUGACGCGUAUGUGGACAUUAAGUGAUUCUAUUUUGAACCCGGCAUUGACAUACCGGAACCUGACAUCGCGUUGUACACAAUGCCACUUCAUCAGAAUCAUGCUCUCCAUGAGCCGACGGCCCCUUACACGGCCCAGCUCAGGGCUUGAGCUUUCCGCUGAGACCAGCCGCCAGAAGCAUCGCUACCCUCGCCGAGGCUUCCAGAGCCAUGCCCCGAGCGCUCCAGGGAAGACCCAGGGUUGGGUGGCAAAUUUGGACUUCUGGCGUCUCCUUUCGGGGGUGUGGACGGAAAUUUUGCUUUUCGUGUCCUUUCAGAUUCGCGUCUCGAUACCCAUUUCGGAUUGGCUUUUUUCCUUUGUUUCUUUACUAGGUAGGUAUUCAUUAUGGAGAACGGGGCCCGUGUGCGCACAGGCUUCUGCACGAUCAAAUUUCAUACGGAACAAACGCGCGGGCCUCCCUUUGUUGUGCGUCUGUUGGGAGAUUAAUUCACCAGCCAUGCAUAAACUAUUCGGUUCGUGUCCGCCUCAUGCCUCCUUUCCACCCCACAGGCUUGCACAACGAGUCAAAAUGUCCGUCUGGUCUCCAGCCCAGCCUCCCCAUCGUCUUCGCCUGCCCCUGACUACUGCGCGAACGGGUGGUGGCAACCCUCGAACUAGCGGCCGCCAGGGGGUCCAACGGCCCUUAGGGUGGUGGUGCCUGGACCUAACCUCGACGUAGUACUCUUAGAUCCGAGACCACUUGUUAUUAUUUUUUCCAGAUGAGCCUUACCACGAUGGAUCUGGCAGACCGGCAAGAUUUUUCUUUUCUUCUCCCUUCCU